AAAAGGCAUCUGGACCCGAAAGAGGAGGCAGACACAGAAGAGAAGAGAAGAGAAGAGAAGAGAAGAGAAGAGAAGAGAAGAGAAGAGAAGAGAAGAGAAGAGAAGAGAAGAGAAGAGAAACGGACAUGAUGAAGCUGCAAAGUGCCCUUCUGGUAAUCUGCCUUUUUAGGUCAAGCCUUGCUCUGCCAGUUCAGAUUGGAAUUAUUGCAAGCAACAGCAAUGAGAUCCUGAGGCUGAAUGGAUUGACUCUUGCAGCUCUUGGACAAACACAGGGCUCAAUAUUACCCCAGUAUGUGCUGCAGCAGCAAACUCCGGACGUCUUGCUCACCCCACAGGUGUUGAAUUUUAACCCCCAACUGGCAGGUCCUUUUGGUCCCCAGGGGCCACAGCUGCUGCUUCCCAACCAAGGCAACCAGUUAACACCCAUGCUAGUCCCUAACGGGCAGCAAGAGCAGCUUGGACCAGCACAAGACCCCAACAAUCCCAACGGUCCUCAGCAAGCCCAGAACCCGGUCCAGAUGUAUCCACAGUUUCAAUAUCCAUCUUUUGGAUUCCCACAGCUUCACAGACAGCAGGGCUACUCUUACUUUGUACCCCGGUAUGGCUAUGCCCAGCAGAGGAACACUGCGGUUCUGCCCAACAAUGGACAGCAGAAACUGGAAAGAGCCACACAAAGACCACAACUCCCACUGCAGGGCUCUAAGCUACAGACAGAAAAGACAUGGCCAGCAGGGGCAAAGAAAGAGUCCACCACUGCCCCCCCUGAUCCCCGAGGGGAUGCAACUGGUCCUGGGACUGAUGAGGGUAAUGGCAGCUUCCCCUUCCUGUUUGAGCCAUAGAUGUUAAAAGGAAAGAAGAAACAUCACUGGAGAGGGGAAAAGGCCUGAGGGGGGGG